CCGAAGAGAUCAUGAGUCCAGCAAUAAUGUUGAAACAGUACAAUGCAACUGUUCUGCUCAAUCCAGUCCUCUUCUUGCCGCUUCUGUUCUCCAUUCUGUAUUUGAUUAAGCUUUUAAGGAGUAGCAAGCUCAAGCUUCCACCAUCUCCACCAAAGCUGCCAAUAAUUGGCAACAUCCACCAAGUAGGGAAGCUGCCCCACCGAUCUUUCCGAACCCUCUCUGAAAAAUAUGGCCCUCUAAUGCUUUUACACAUGGGACAGACUCCAACUCUUGUGGUUUCAUCUGCUGAAAUAGCCAGAGAGAUCAUGAUGGCACAUGAUGCUUUCACAGAAAGGCCUCGAAUAAGGGUUGCCCAUACUCUCUUCUGUGGAUGUACUGACAUAGCAUUUUGUCCUUAUGGUGACUACUGGAGGCAAGCAAAGAAAAUUUGUGUUCUGGAACUUUUAACCCAAAGAAGGGUUCGGAUGUUUCAGCUUGUGAGGGAACAGGAAGUUUCAAGAAUGGUUGAGAAUAUACGUCAGUCGUGUCAUAGUGGAUCUUCAAUUGGUCUUUGUGAGAUGUUUGAAACCAUUGCAAAUAACAUAAUCAGCAGAUCUGUUCUUGGUCGAGUAUAUGAAAGAGAAGAUGGAAAUAAGAGUUUUGGAGAAUUAUCAAGGAGGGCAAUGGACCUUUUAGGAUCCUUUUGCUUUAGAGAUUUCUUUCCCUCUUUGGGAUGGAUGGAUGUUCUUACUGGCUUGACUGCAAAAUUGGAACGAAUUUCCAGUGAGUUGCAUACUUUUCUUGAUCAAGUGAUAGAGGAACACCUGGUUCUGAUGAACGAUGAUGAUAAAUCAGACAACAAAGACUUUGUUGAUAUCCUCCUUCAUCUUCAGCAGGAUGGCAUGCUUGACAUUGGUCUUACUCAAGAAAACCUCAAGGCAAUCGUACUGGACAUGUUUAUGGGAGGAACUGAUAAUAUAGCAGCGACAAUGGUAUGGGCAAUGGCAGAGCUUGUGAAAAACCCCAGUAUUAUGAAGAAAGCCCAAGAAGAGGUAAGAAGAGUGGUGGGAAGAAAUUCAAGUGUUACUGAGACUGAUAUCAACGAAACGGACUACUUAAAAUGUGUUGUCAAAGAGACCCUGCGACUACAUGCUCCUGUUAUGGUCAGUCGACAAAAUCCCACGGGUACUAAAUUGCAAGGUUAUGAUAUUCCUCCCAAAACAAUAGUGUUGGUCAACACAUGGGCAAUUCAAAGGGAUCCUGACUUGUGGGACAAGCCUGAAGAAUUUAUCCCGGAGAGGUUCUUAAACAGUUCAGUUGAUUUCAAGGGCCAAUACAGUCAGUUCACUCCGUUUGGUGCUGGCAGAAGAGGUUGUCCCGGAAUUUCAUUUGCAGUUGCAGGAGCUGAGUAUGUCUUGGCGAACCUUUUGUACUGGUUUGAUUGGAAGUUGCCUGAUUCCCAAAGCUGUGAGGAUUUAGACAUGGACGAUUAUUAUGCUCUUGUCAUUCGCAAGAAAGUACCCCUCCAUCUAGUACCAAUGCUGCGUUCUUUUUCAUAGACCUGCAAUUCAUUGUUCGCUGAUCAUCUUACGGAUAGAGAUAGUGAUUCGGUUUUCAUAAUGCUGCAGCUCAUGAAAAGCUUGUAUAAAACCAACUAAAGGUAAAUAAUGUCUUUUUCUCUUUAAUACUAUGAGCUUUCUUUUCUGAAGACAAUCUACACUUGAUAUAUGCCCUUCUAUUCAAAAAUUCGGAGUAUGGGCAAUGCUGUUUCA